AUGGAGAGGGGACUCCAGGCGAGCUGGCAGCAUCGCGAGAAUGGUUGGCUACCGACAAUCAACGGAGACGUCGUUGUCUAUCUGCCGAGCAUCCCGAACCCUCUAGGCAACACGACGGAAAGUACAACGCCCAGGACUCUAUUCUAUGGAGAGCAUAAUUCGAACAGGCGACCAGACGACUGCAGAAGCAGCAGCAGCACGACCACCACGACCACCACGACCACGACCACGACCCUCACUUCGGAAAGAAAGGCAUCCGGAAAGAAACGGGCUUGGAAUGCAUCCGAGGAGCGCGAGACGAAACGAGCGAAAAAGGAGUUUGCCUCGAGGCCUUUGCCACAAUUUCAAGACAUUCUGGCGAGUCCCAGUUCACUGAUGGAGGGUUUUGACAAGUUUGACAAUGGCCAGCUCGACAAUUACACUCCCGAAUACGAUUCCACCGCGCAACUCCUUGAAUACUACUUCCCUGAAAGGAGCCGCUUCGACGGCCAUUUUCUGGACAUGGGACGGGAAAUCAGUCGACUACUCCACCAGGUGAGAGUCUUUUGCAAGGAAUCAGGGGACAGCAAUCAUUGUGUGGCCAGGCGGGUGGCGACGGCCGUCAGCAUCGUCAUGGACAGGCCGACGACGUUGAUUCGAGACUUUCGGGCACAGCACCCCGAGGAGACGCCAAAUGCGGAAGAGGAAACAGACUACAAGCUUGUGACGCUCAAGGGAGAGUUGCAGGCCUUUGUAGAGGCUGUACGAUGGAAGGAGUUGGCGAGAAUCCGGGUACCCGUUGCGGGGGCUUGA